AUGGGCUCUGGCGGCUCGUCUCAGGCAGCCAAACGUGCUGUGUCAGCAAAUAUUGCUGAGGCGGACCAAACAGAAGGACGGAGUGGUGGCACUAUGCCGACCGCCCAGGAGCACACCAGCCCGGAAGUCCACAGCAAGCUGUACGACGAAAUCAUGAGUUCCAUCGACCUGGUCUUCGCGCACUUCAGCGAUGGAGUUCGAGGACUUCCUGCGGAACGCCUCGGGCAGGCCAUGCGGAUCCUGGGGAUGAACCCCACGGAGGAUCAGGUCUACAAGCACUUGGCAGAUCUUGGUCGCCCAAAGUACAUCGACCAAGCGACGUUUCACCGUUUCAUCCAGGACGAAUUGACAAAGUAUCUCGAACAGGUUCAGGCUGUGGUUGACUAUUUGAAGCAAUAUGAUACGGACAGCAAGGGCGCCUUGUCCACUGAAGAAGUUCAAGCAGCGAUCAGAGGAAGUGAGCUGAGCCAGAAGAAGCUCCAGGCAAGUGUCGCAACGAUGCCAAGCAACAGUAAAGGUCAGCUGGAUAUUGUGGAGCUGGCAACGUGUUUUCUGGAGCUGGGUGAUGAGGAAAUGCUUGAGCCAUCGGAGGCAGCCAUGGCAGCCAUUGGGGGAAUCGCCGGUGGGAAUUGA